AUGUUGGAGCAAAUGCCGAAGUACGCGAAGUUUCUGAAGGAGAUUAUCACCAAAAAGAGGAGAUUUGAAGAACAUGAGGCGGUGAUGCUUACGGAAGAGUGUAGCACAUUGUUAUUGAAGAAAUUACCACAAAAUCUCAGAGAUCCAGGAAGUUUCACAAUUCCUUGCACAAUAGGUAAUGUUCAUUUUGAUAAAGUUUUAUGUGACCUAGGGGCUAGUGUUAACCUCAUGCCAUUUUCGAUUUAUAAGAAACUAGGCCUAAGGGAAGUAAAACCAACCAUAGUCCAUCUUCAACUAGCUGAUAGGUCUAUAAAAUACCCCAGGGGAGUAGUAGAAGAAGUAUUGAUCAAGGUAGAUAAGUUGAUUUUCCCAGUGGAUUUUAUUAUUCUUGACAUGGAAGAAGAUCGGGAAGUACCUCUAAUUCUAGGAAGACCUUUUCUAGCUACGGGUAAAACGCUAAUAGAUGUUCAUAAAGGAAAAUUAAUCUUGAGGGUAGAGGAUGAACAAGUUGAAUUUAAUGUUUUUGAUACUAUGAAAUGUCCACCCAAGUUAGAUACUUGCUUUGAGAUUAGCAUCCUUGAUGAUAAAGUAGCUGCGACCUUAGAAGAAAAAUACCCUCGUUUACCCCUAGAAAAAUGUGUUGUCAAUUUUAGGAUGUUGGAGGAGGAAAUUGAGAAUAAGAGGGAAAGAGAGCAAUUGAAGCUUUAUGAAGAUGGUGGCAUUAAGGAUAGAAGGGUUUGGAUUUUCCUCAAUGAUCCAGAUUGA